GAGAUCUCACAUUACUCACAACCAGACUGCCUGCAACAGAAAACCGGCAGCUACUGUAGACUGCUCCAUCUGUUUCUUUCAAAAAGCAACAGAAGACCCCUCUAACCCGUUAAGAUUCUGAAGUCUUUCUUAGGCGACGGCUGGAUUUAAAAAGAGCUGCAGAGGGGAUCACUGAGAAGUUUGUAGGAAAAUGCCUAGGCAAUGACCUGCAGUGAUAGCACCAAGUUUGUGUCUCCUUCUCAAGUCUGCUCCUUGCUUCAGCAGCUACAAGCAGAUAACCACCCUACAAACUCUUCUACAAAAUCUGCAAGGAAAUCCAGAACUUAGGGGGGGAAAUACAAAACAAAAACCGCUCAAGUGGAUGAUUGGGUGCUCCGAUGCAAAACCCACAACCUGUCUGCAAUGGUGACAUGAAAAGGCCCGGUGUGCUGAAUUUUCAAAUUUUUAACAGUUGUUUUUAUUGAGUUUAUUUUUUAAAAGACAAGACUUCCUCAAAGGAAAAGAAAAAAUGCAUUUGUGUGGGAGAGUGCGGCGGGCUUUUCGACAGCCGACGCUGCAGACGAGUCUGCUGCUGCUCUUCGCCUUCUGUAUGGUUAGCGUCUUCAUCUCCGCCUACUUCCUGUACGGUGUGAAGCGGGAGUUGGAGCCAGCUGGAGACGUGCCGGCCCCAGACUGCGAUGACCCCAAGGUGACCCCAUCACGCUUGCUCCCCCUAAAGACCCUCAAGCAAGUGGACUCCUCUCGGGCAGAUCCUGUGGUGUUGGUGUUUGUGGAGAGUCUGUACUCCCAGCUGGGUCAGGAGAUUGUGGCUAUCCUCGAGUCCAGCAGGUUUAAAUACCAGACAGAGAUUGCACCUGGAAAGGGUGACAUGCCUACCCUCACAGACACAGACAGAGGCAGAUUUGCCCUCAUCAUAUACGAAAACAUUCUCAAGUACGUGAACCUGGACGCCUGGAACCGAGAACUACUGGACAAGUACUGUGUGGAGUAUGGUGUUGGAAUCAUUGGCUUCUUUAAGGCAAACGAGAACAGUUUGCUGAGUGCCCAGCUGAAAGGUUUCCCACUGUUUCUACACUCGAACCUGGGGCUGAAGGACUGCAGAGUGAACCCUAAGUCCCCUCUGCUCUACAUCACCAAGGCCAACGAGGUGGAGCGGGGGAUCCUUCCAGGUGACGACUGGACCGUCUUUCAGUCCAACCACUCCACCUACGAGCCAGUAUUGCUGGCCAAAACCAAGUCUGCGGAGAGCAUCCCCCAGCUGGGUGUGAGCGCAGCGCUGCACACUUCCGUGGUGCAGGACCUGGGCCUCCACGACGGCAUCCAGCGCGUCCUCUUUGGGAACAACCUCAACUUCUGGCUGCACAAGCUCAUCUUUGUGGACGCCAUGUCCUUCCUGACGGGGAAGAGGCUGUCUCUGUCCCUCGACCGCUACAUCCUUGUCGAUGUCGAUGACAUCUUCGUAGGCAAGGAGGGCACGCGCAUGAAGGUCGAAGACGUCAAGGCUCUGCUGGAGACGCAGAAUGAUCUUCGAGCCCAUGUUCCAAAUUUCACUUUCAAUCUGGGAUUCUCAGGGAAAUUCUUUCACACAGGUACAGAUGAGGAGGAUCAGGGGGAUGACCUAUUGCUGUCAUACGUGGAGGAGUUUUGGUGGUUCCCCCACAUGUGGAGCCAUAUGCAGCCACAUCUAUUCCACAACCAAACUGUACUGGCAGAACAGAUGGAGCUCAACAGAAAAUUUGCAACUGAACAUGGCAUUCCUACCAACAUGGGCUAUGCAGUUGCCCCCCACCACUCUGGAGUGUACCCUGUGCAUGUUCAGCUGUACGAAGCCUGGAAGGCUGUGUGGGGCAUCAAGGUGACCAGCACAGAGGAGUACCCUCACCUGAAGCCUGCCCGCUAUCGCAGGGGGUUCAUACACUCCGGGAUCAGUGUUCUCCCACGGCAGACCUGUGGCUUGUUCACACACACCAUCUUCUACAGCGAGUACCCGGGCAGUCCCAAGGAGCUUGAUAAAAUCAUCAACGGAGGGGAACUCUUCCUUACUGUCCUGCUCAACCCAAUCAGUAUUUUCAUGACCCACCUGUCAAACUAUGGCAAUGACCGGCUUGGGCUGUACACCUUCAAGAACCUCAUCAAGUUCAUCCAGUCGUGGACCAACUUGAAGCUGCAGACUCUGCCACCCAUCCAGCUGGCACAGAGAUACUUCCAGAUCUUUCCAGAGGAGAGGGAUCCACUCUGGCAGGAUCCAUGCGAAGACAAAAGGCACAAAGAUAUCUGGUCGAAAGAGAAGACUUGUGACAGGUUUCCCAAGCUGCUCAUCAUUGGCCCACAGAAAACAGGUACAACAGCACUAUAUCUCUUCUUGGGAAUGCACCCAGACCUAACCAGUAAUUACCCAAGCAAGGAAACCUUUGAAGAGAUCCAGUUCUUCAAUGGGCACAAUUAUCACAAGGGGAUUGACUGGUACAUGGAGUACUUUCCCACUCCUUCCAAUGCCAGCUCAGAUUUCUAUUUUGAAAAAAGUGCCAACUACUUUGACUCAGAGCUGGCAGCGAAGCGGGCAGCUGCUCUCUUGCCUAAGGCCAAAAUCCUCACGAUUCUCAUCAACCCAGCAGACCGGGCAUACUCCUGGUACCAGCACCAGCGUGCUCACGAUGACCCUGUGGCUCUGAAGUAUACUUUUCACGAGGUGAUCACGGCCAGGCCCGAUGCCCCAGUCAAGCUCCGUAUCCUACAGAACCGCUGCUUGGUACCGGGCUGGUACGCUACCCACAUUGAACGCUGGCUCAAAUAUUACCAUUCGAACCAGAUCUUGGCGCUCGAUGGGCAGCUUCUUCGAACUGAACCAGCUUUCGUCAUGGAGAAAGUACAGAAGUUUCUAGCUCUAACAAAUGUCACAAACUACCACAAAAUCCUGGCGUUUGAUCCAAAGAAAGGAUUCUGGUGCCAGCUUGUGGAAGGAGGGAAGACAAAAUGUCUGGGGAAGAGUAAAGGAAGGAAGUACCCUGAAAUGGACUCUGAUUCCAGAGCCUUCAUGCAAGACUAUUACAGAGAGCACAAUAUUGAGCUGUCGAAGCUGCUGCAUAAAUCGGGACAGUCUCUUCCCACCUGGUUGCGAGAGGAGCUGCAGAAUACCAGGUAGCAAGGACAAUAGAGACAGGAGCAAGAAUCGAGAGAAACGGGUACCAGCCAGCUGCGAAAUACAUGGGCACAGAGGACUGAGGAAACUAGAAGGAAAAAUAAUAAAAAAACAUUUUCAAAGAAAGCAAGCAGCUUGGAGAGGAACCGGAUUGAGAACCUUGAGGAGAAAACGAGCGAUCAGUAGUCAAACUGUGGACCUGGCUGCAUUUCUACUGUUGUAGAGCUGUAGUCUUCUGUCCUCAUUGCUCUGGCUCUAAAGGGGCAUUGGCUGUAACUAAUGAGAGCUGCCAUAGAAGAGGAAUGGACCAGAGGAGGAGGAGGGUAAAGCCGAGACUGAAACCCAAGUCUGGUUGGUCGUUGCAUACUGCGGUCAGUGGUAUAACAUAGUGAGUGUCAGUGACGUCCAGCCACAUUACACUAGCCAGUAAGGAACUACAAGUGCCAGGAUGUUGUCAGUAUCAGUUGAUGUUGUUGUUGUUGUUUUUGUUUUUCCUUCCUUUUUUUGUUUUGUUUUUUAAAGCCGUCAUCAAUGUGUUUUAACUUUGAUAGCCAGUAGGAGUACAGGUAAUGUAGAGAACGGCAUCAUGGAGAUUUGUAAGUGGCUUUUUAAAAAUGUUAUUUUAUCAGGCCUAGAAAAGUUAGUUUUUGCAGCACGACUGGAAAUGAAAUCAGAAGAGGUUGGGAUUUGUUUUUAAAAUAUGUUUUAUUCCACAGUGUUAAAUAACAAUAUGGAAAAGGUUAGGCCAAGAGCACCAUUAAACACAAGCCUCUAUUUUGUCCAGAUUGAUCCACUAAAAGUGGUUCGAGGAGAAUGUAAACUGGGUUGAUUUUCAUUCAGCUGUCUAAGCAACUUCAAUUGCAAUGCAGUUAAUAUCUUUAAUUCCAGCUGACUGGCUGUGUUUAUUGCAUAUUUAUCAUGUAUGUGCCAGCAGUGUUAAAUUUUUGUAACAUCCUGUGAAAUGAUGCAUGGUAACAAGAACAGGACAGGCUAAUAGAAGAAUGUAGGCAAGUUACUCCUACAAAGCUGUGGGAGAGAAAGGGGAGGAUACAAGAAGCUGGGAGUUAUCCAUUUGUGGUAAUUGGAUAUAAUGAUGCCGUUUAGCACCAAAUGUGGAAUUUGCAAUGAGGAAUAAAAAUGAUAAUAAUAAUAAUAAUAAUUAUUAUUAUUAAACCUUUUUAAAGCACAUUUCAAUUUUGUUCCAGUAUUGCUAUUAAGUCAUCCAUUUGAUCAGUCAUGCUAUACUGUGAUCAUGCAGCAUUCCCCCCAAGCCUCCAUCACGCUGUCUGUGUUUCUGGUCCAUUGAGAAGGCAAUCUUGUUUGUCUGAACUACCAGAUACACACGACCUGAGAUCAUGUCUAAGGAGUGUGUUAGACUUGAUCAGGGAAAAACAAAUAUAGUCGUUCCUCUGUGGCCACGGAAAGGGCACACAAUACAAACAUCAACGUAUCCGUCUUCAACUGAGGAAGUUAACUAUCCUUCUGUGCAGCUUCAGUGGGGAUAUAUAGUUUGUGAACUGGUCCAAAUAAAAUAUGAGGAAUGUUGGUUCAGAGCCCAGCGCAGUCUCCUGUGGGGAGGAUCCCAGCAGUGGCCCUAGACCUUCAGAUUCUCUUACGGAACCUUGAGUUUCUUCAACAGUUAGAAUCUUUUCCUGAAAGCCACCUGGGGAUUCUUAAAACUUACCCUCAGGUCAGGAGUGUUCAUGGAAUCUCAGAACUCAAGUUUAGUGAGUGGCACAAGGGUUAGGAAAUGUUUGUUACUAAGGGUUAAAGCCAUAAUCCACCACAUGGUGUGGUAUUAAGGGUUCCCCAUGGAAGUAUUUACUUGGAAACACACAUACACAGCAUAUUGUUUCCUCAGUUAAUUUCAAUAAUUUAUCUUUUGUUCUGUUUUUGAAGAAAAAACAAGUCUGAGAAGAUUAAAGCAACUGCGUUGGGUGGAUAUUUCUACUGCAGAUUGAGUUAGAAGUAUGUUGUAAAGACAGGUCAAAAGGAAACCCACACUAUUAAAUACCAGGCAUAAGAAAAAGCUUUAGUUGGUUUCAUGCAGGAUCGAUAGUGCCUUGUACAAUUUAAAUGUCACACGUUGUAGUGCAUUGUUACCAAGAAGCAACAGUACGAUCCCAAAGUGCAAGUCGUAUCUGCAUUGACUAUUGCUAUACAACCUCAGCCUUCACAAAAUCCUUCAAACGUGGUGUUCUUUUAUUUUGAAGCAAAUACUGGUUAGCAAACCACCUGGUACGUGACUCUGAAGAAAGUAUGGUUCAGAUGCUUGUACAGACCUAGUACCUUAAUCGUGGCUUUAUUAAGAUUACACAGUGUUAAAUUGUUUUCAUUGCCUGUCCCCCAGUCUUUACAGAUGUAGUUAAUAUGAUUCUGCUAAAUGUAUUGAUAUAUUGCAGUGAUUGUGAGAGGUAAUACAUUUAAUAGUACACUGGCAUGUUUGGUCUAUUUUUUUUUUUUAAUGUAAGCAAAAGAUUCAAGCUGAAUAUUCCAGCUUGCCGCUACUUUGAAGUUGUAUCCACUAAUGGAUCUUCUAAUUGGUGAACAUUCUGAAGCUUGUAGUAGAAAGUAAUGAGUUUUUAUUAUAAUUAUUUUUUAUUAUCGAACGCAAUGUUCUGUGACAAGGUAGUUUUUGGUGCACUGCUAUGAACAGCGGUGCCCCAAACCCAGGAUUUUAAAUGGCAGUUUGGUAAUUAUUGCAAGGAUGUCCUCUGAAUGUUUCUGCAAAGCCAUUUAAACGUGUUUGGCUGUGCUAAAUGUCCUUGGUUUCUGUUUCCUCACACUCAGGGUAAGCUCUGCUCUGCUAAUUUAGAUAAUUGGUUCCCCACAGCUACAAAGAAAUUGCUGUGCUGUGCCAUUCCGUGUAAUUCUCUGUUCAGAGAAACACUGGGGAUGCCCUUUGCAAUGAGUAUAUGAAUGACAGCCUAGGUACCAUCCUUUGAUCAGCAGAUUUUGCUUUAUUGGGUGGGUUUGUUUCCUUCCCACCAAAACAGAGAGAUUGUAUUAAAUAAUUAGGUACUGACAAAUUAUUAUUUUUUUUUUUUAGACAGACGCAUACACACACACACAAGUUGGAUUCUACUGGAAUGUGUUAAUUAACAGCCCAGCAUUGCUGUGUUUUGAACCCUAACAAAAUGGGAUCAAACUGACCCUUGAAAACAAAGCCGUGCAUCUCUCGUUAGCUGAAAGAGCACUUACCUAAUGCACUUGCCUGUCUCUUUUUAAAGUUGUAUUACCCUCUCCCCUCCUUUCUAGCUCUGAGUUUGUAAUAAGUAGUCCUGUUUAAUUCUUUGUGAUCCAUCUUUGUUCAAAUACUUAAACUGUGAAGCAUUCUGCAUGUUCUACAAAUAUGUGUGUUUAAUUGGAUUCAAUGCAACACAAAGUUCAAAAAAGUGAAUCUUGGCAUAAAAAGCCUUAAGCAUGUGUAGAGUGCUAAGAAAAUGAACUACAUUCCAUGGCAGAUGGUGCAUAACUACUGUACUGCUCCUGCUACUACGACUAAUGCAUUCUAUUUUGUAAUUAUUUAGUGGGCUGAAGGGAGAAUAAUCAGUUUCUCAACGAAUUGUUGUUCAGGCAGUCUUGUACCAGGUAGGGAUGUUUAAACCUAAUUAUUGUAUUAUCAGACUUAACUGUAAAUACAUAUUCUUAUAUACAGUAUGUAAGUUCCUGUUAUCCAGUAUGUCUAAUUUAUACCUCAUUAUUCCUCCCUGCUGUUAAUCAGUGUCUUUUUUACUUCUCCAAGCAGCAUCUUGUGCUUUGUACAGCUGAUGAAGCAACCAACAAAAACUGUUUUCUUAUUGUUCAACAGUGUAUGCCGACCACAGUGCCAUAUAGAACCACUGUGUAGAGUACCACUAUGCAGUACAGUAGCCCUGUACAGUACCACUGUGUGCAGUAUAGUAGCACUGUAUGCCGUAUAGUAGCACUGUGCAGUAUAGUACCACUUUGUGCAGUACAGUAGCACUGUACACUACAGUACCACUGUGCACUACAGUACCGCUGUGUGCAGUACAGUAGCACUGUACAGUACCACUGCAGUACAGUAGCACUGUGUAUAGUACAGCACCACUGUACAGUGGCAAACAACUCUACCAGGAGUCGUUUUCUGCAGUAGCAGGGCCUAUUGGGAACAGGGUUCUUGCAAAAGGAAAAAUCCACUAAGUAUAAAGGUACUCAAUUCAGCGACGUGAAACAAAUAAAGACCAGCCGGUCUGAGAAAACGGUAUUACCACUACAGGACAACACGUGUUAUAAAAGCUGCUUAUUUCAUGGUUUAAAAAUAAAGAAAUACUUUUUUUUUCUUAAAGCUGUUUUCGUGAUUCUGCACGGUGAAACCAUUUCAAUUAUUAAACACAUCAACUGGUGGCACUGUGCUGCUUUAAUGUGCUUUAACCCUUCAAAAUCUGCUGGGGUUGUGAAUCAUCUGUCUACCUGCAGCAUGGCAGGCUAUCCAGGAAUGCAUCUUAAAAGUUAGAACAGGACCAUUAACAUUGUAAAUGCCUAUGUCAAUUGUAUUUAUUUUGUAAAUUACUUGAAGUCAAUACUGUUAUGUAACCCAGUUUUUACCAUUAUUAAGGGGGGUGGGCAGUAGAGCAACAGCAUUCUAGGGGUUAAAGGACUGCAGGGUGUACAUUUUGGAUUAACUGAUUUAAUACAAUGCAGUAUUUGAAGUGCAUU